AAAAAGUUUGACCAGAUAGGUUAACAUUGGACGUAUCCCAAUUCUAAAGACAUGACAUUUUGAGUGCGCUUUUUGGAGUAAAAUGAACAGGAAAAGAUAAAGGAACAAUGAACAAAGAGAGGGAAAAAAUAAAAGGAAAAAGAAGAAUAAAUAGGAAGGUCCUAAGGGAGUCGAACCCAGGUCGCUGGAUUCUGCCAUUCCCGGGAGAGACAAUCACGGGAUCAUGGCAGUUGAGGCACGCAUUUCUAGUCCCCUCUCUAUUCGUCUCAAAGUUCACUCUCUAUCUCUCCAGUGAUUAGCAACCCAGAGACGAAAACGAAUCACACUAUCCAACUAAUAUUUGAUUUCUGAUCUAUAAAUGUCUCAAAAUCUCAAUCCAAACCCAACUUACGACGUGAUAAUCUUAGGUGCCUCAGGUUUUACAGGCAAAUACGUCAUUAGAGAAGCUCUCAAAUUCCUCAACGUUCCCUCUUCCCCAUUAAAAAGCUUAGCUAUAGCGGGCCGUAACAGUUCCAAACUUUCCCAGGCUCUCCAAUGGGCGGCCCUUUUCGUCUGUACGGUGAGCCCGUCGUUGAGGCCUGUGCUGAUUCGGGCUGGGAUUACUUGGAUAUAUGUGGGGAGCCCGAGUUUAUGGAGAGGAUGGAAGUGAAGUACCGUGAGAAGGCUGUGGAUAUGGGCUCUUUGAUUGUUUCAGCUUGUGGGUUUGAUUCUGUGCCUGCUGAAUUGGGCUUGAUGUUUAAUUCGAGACAGUGGCUGCCGCCGGCUGUUCCUAAUCAGGUUGAGGCCUAUCUUAGUCUGGAAGCGGACAAGAGAAUUGUUGGAAACUUUGCGGCGUAUGAGUCAGCGGUGCUUGGUGUGGCUAACGCGGACAAAUUGCAGGAGCUCAGGCGCUCCAGGCCCAAGAGGCCCCGUCCUGUGAUUCCUGGUCCUCGUCCUCCUAAAGGUCCAUUGCCGGACCACCUAAAGGAAGUUGGUGUUUGGGCUGUAAAGCUACCGUCAACAGAUGCAAUUGUAGUGCGGAGAACACUUUCAUGUUUGGCUGAAAAUCCUGGUGGUUUACCUGAUGUUAAAGAAAGCACUGAACAGAUUGAGAGGAGGGAGGCUUUUUGGUCAACCAUAAAGCUAGCGCACUUUGGUGUGAAGAUAGCUUCGAAAUCUCUGUUAGGAGUUAUUCGUUUCAUUACAGUUGGGGUUUUCAUUGGUCUCUUUGGUAAAACUGGUAUCGGCAGAUGGCUGCUCUUGAAAUUCCCUUCAUUGUUCAGUCUUGGAUGGUUCAGGAAAAAAGGUCCAACUGAAGAUGAAGUGGCAUGCAUUAACACUCUCCCUUACCAUAAUGCAUUGCAUAAAUAACAACA